AUGAACAUGUAUUACGUUAAAAUGUUAUUGUUUGCCUUUUUAAUAAAUACAUUAGUAUUACCACAUUAUGAGAAUUAUCUAAAUAACCAUUAUAAUGUAUGUCUCAUUCAAAACAAGACCAAAAGAACAACGAUAAAUUCAAGAUUAUUAGCACAAACGAAAAAUCAUAAUCCACAUUAUCAUAAUGAUCCAGAACUCAAAGAAAUAAUUGAUAAAAUGAACGAAGAAGCAAUUAAAAAAUACCAAAAAUCUCAUGAUCCAUAUGAACAAUUGAAAGAAGUAGUAGAAAAAAAUGGAACAAUAUAUACAGGUGGAAAUGGUGCAGAACCCAUGUCAACGACAGAAAAAGAUUUAUUGGAAACAUAUAAAGAAGUUUUUGAUGACGAAAGUGAUAUGUUAAAGUCAGGCAUGAGUCAAAAUGUUGAUGAAAAAUCUUCAACAUGUGAAUGUACUGAUAUUAAUGGUGCGAAAUUAACAAAAACAAAAGGAAAAGAUAAAUAUUUAAAACACUUAAAAGGGAGAUGUACCCGUGGUAUAUGUGUAUGCUCCGUCAGUAGUGUAUUCUUAACAUUGAUAGGUUUGAUAACUGCAAAAAAUGCUGCCGUUGCUGCUGUCACUUCUAGCUUUAACGAAGCAUCUAAGAUUUGCGCAUCCUCUAUUUCUGUAUUACAUAUGUUUACUCAUGAAUCUGUGACUUUAUCUAUGCCAUCAGUUACUGCAGCAGGAGGUGUAGAAUGUUUUUCUGAUUUAGCCGGAACUAUUUCAAGUGCUGCUAUGGGUGUAUUUGAACCUUGUGGUAUUGCAGCUUUGGUGCUACUUAUAUUAGCUGUUGUGCUUAUAAUAUUAUACAUAUGGUUAUAUAGAAGAAGGAAAAAUUCAUACAAACAUGAAUGCAAGAAACAUUUAUGUAAGUAA